AAGUAUGUUCUGUCAUGUCAGUUUUGUCAAAACUGCAAAUGGUCGACUGAUGUGGUGUUUGUUAAAUAAUUUCAUAAUUUCAUCGCUUUGUAUUUUAGCAUUUAUCAACCACAGAAUUUCGACUAAACUAUUUAUUUACCCACUAAAACUAUACUGGACUAUACCUGAGGAUACCCAGUGUCCGUGAUCUUGAACUCUUAAUUGUCAUGGGGCAAUAUUUAUAUCUUUUUCAUUAAAGUUAUAAAACCAAUAGCAUUUUUGGAUUAAUACACCGAUAGCUUAAAGACUGUAUAAUGACAACGUCUUCGGAAGACGUAUUGUUGAGCGUAAGCUACGUACGAUAUAAAAAGGGUGACGGUACCUUGUAUGUGAUGAAUCAGAGGUUGGCAUGGAUGCUGGAAAAUAGAGACACUGUUGCCGUAUCACACAAAUAUGCUGAUAUUAAAACACAAAAGAUAUCUCCAGCUGGCAAGCCUAAAGUGCAACUGCAAGUGGUGCUCCAUGAUGGAACAUGUUCCACAUUCCACUUCGUCAACCCUGCGGGCCCAGACGCUCAGGCCAAGGACCGGGACCAGGUGAAAGGCUUGCUGGUGAAUCUGUUACCUAAGUUUAAGAGGCAAAUUGAUGGAGAACUAGAGAUGAAGUCCAGGCUUUUGUCUCUUCAUCCAACUCUGAAGCAUUUAUAUGAAGACUUAGUAAUAUCAAAAGUGAUUAAUAGUGAAGAGUAUUGGAACACACCCACUUUGAAACAUUAUACUGAAUCUAAUAAUAUUAAACAGGAGGCGGGUGUCUCUGGAGCUUUUCUAGCGGACAUCCAACCCCAAACAGAUGGCUGUAAUGGCCUCAAAUAUAAUCUCACACAGGAUAUAAUAGACGCCAUAUUCAAAACAUACCCUGCUGUCAGAAAGAAACAUAUAGACUAUGUGCCCAACAAGAUGACUGAAGCGGAAUUCUGGACCAAAUUCUUUCAAUCUCAUUAUUUUCACAGGGACCGCAUAGCGUCAUCAUCCAGCAAAGAUUUAUUUGGAGAAUGUGCAAAACUAGACGAUCACGCCAUUGCCUCAGCUAUGAAACAUACCACACUGGACCUCACGGUGGAUUUGCCUAAAUUCACUGAGCCUAUUCCCCUCUUACCCACGGAAGAAGACGCCCCCGUUGAGAAAGACAAAGGCGACAGCACGUCCAUACAUAGGAAUAUGAUCAAACGAUUCAACCAACAUUCUAUUAUGGUGCUCAAGGCUAGUCAAAAAACAAAUUCUAGUUGUAGUGAUAGCAAUAGUAAAACUACAAACAAUAACAAUAAAGUGGUAGAAAACGGGGUUAAAGAAACGAAUGGUACUGCUGAGAAGAGAUCAGCUGAUGAAAAAAAUGCCUCAGAGCCCGUGGACAAGAAAAGGAGGAUAUUAGAGAAGAUACAUUAUGAGGACCUAGAAGAGUCAAAUAGGAAUGAAGACGCACAGGAACUAAAAUUAUCCAAGAUUGAAAGGUAUUUAUUAGGACCGUCGUCACAAGUAAACCAAUCAAGUUCGAGCACCAAUCACCCACCGCCUUUGUCGGCUCUAGCUUCAAUAUGUCAGGCGUGGUCGAGCGGGCAGCAGUGCGCGCGGCCGAUACGCGUCGGCGCGGCGGGCUGCGUGGCCGCGCUGGGCGAGCUCAGCCCCGGCGGCGCGCUCAUGCGGCAGCACCACGCCGCCGCCAUGGCGCAACUAAUCCCGGCCGACGUGAAAUCGGAGCUGAACCGGCUGUACCUGUCCGCGGGGGAGCUGCUGCGCGAGCUGUGGCGCUGCUUCCCCGCGCCCGCCGCGCCGGCGCAGGAGGCCGACAGCGCGCGCGCCGACAAGUUCUACGAGGCGCUGCUCCGCUUCAGGAACGUCAAGUUGAGGCCGUUCGAGGAGAAAAUGCUUCACGACCUGACUCCACUAGCGACAUCACUUACGAAACACAUCAACCAAAUGAUAGACGUGGCCUGUACGAAGUACGCGCUGUGGCAGCAAAGGCAAGCCAAACUUCGGUAGUAUUGUAGUAUCAGGGGACUUAUUCUCGGUGUCAUCAUAUAUAUUUUUUUAUGUUUAUACAACAAAGCUGGAACAAAACUGCCAUAACAGGUAUCUUGCACAGUGGAACACGCCGAAAUGUCGACAUAAUCCGAACUGAGUUAUAUUCGUUUACUACUAUACUCUGAAAUAAUAUUAUUAAACAAACAUUUGUACAUUUUCGGGUAGUUAUAACAUUUAUUGGUUAACCAACCGAAUACAAAACCGCCUGGAUCUGUCACUGAACGACCUGACUUUAACCUACAUUAUUUGAUUAUGUUAUGUUUUCAUCUACCCUCAACUGGGUUAAGGAGCCAUUUGGGGGCAGAUUUUGUUUACUUUUAUUGAAAUACCUAAAGAUAGAGUAUAGGUGUUAAACACAUUGAGUGCCGGGAACCCGCUUGGCGGGCGCUCUGUUCGUAGUCGCUUUCCUCUACAAAGCGGGAAAACGCUAGAAUUGGCUACGCGUGUAGCGCUACGAAAACGUUGGCAGUGAAUGCGUUAAAGUAAAAUAAAAAUGUUAGGGCGUUUGUUUUAUUUUGUAGUUUUUAUUGAAUAUCAAUACUUGUAAGUGAUAGGUUUUGGCUAUGUUGUACCCGUAGAUCAAUUACGGUGACAACGAGAAUAGGUCUGCAAUAUGUUUGAAUUAUAGUUAGGGUCAACAGUAAUUUAAACUGAUCACUCUGAAUGAAAAUUGCCAUACCGAAUCUUUUAAAAUUAUUUGGCAAAGUUAAUUGAAGAGAGUAACUAAUCUGAAUAAUUAUUGGCAUAAAUGAUUUAUGAUAACUCUAAAAUUUUAAUGAUAUCAAUCCUUACCAAAAAAAGGUGCUUAUAUUUUACUGACCAUCACUUUGUUACACUUAAAUAGUAAAUGUUCCUUAAAAUUAAUAAAUUUCCAUUUUAUAAAACAAUAACCAAACAUUGUACAAUUUACUAUCCCAUUUAAACUAUUUCAAAUUGAUUAUUGAUAAUCCAAAAAUAGUAAUUGCUCUCCAAAACAUCAUCUCUUAAAAUAUCAAAUGUUACUAAGAAUGUAGUAAUAGUAAAUUAUAUCGAAACAACAAAUACAAUAAGUAUUCUAUUUCAACCAAUGGGCGGUAUGCAAAAAUCUAUGAGUAUAUAGUUUAACCUAUCUAUAGUUGUAUAAUAUCAUUGAUUUCGACGGCUCCGGUGCUGCGCAGAGCGCAGUCCCUUCGCACCUCCCUUUUGCAAAGACACUAGGGCACGACAAAUAAGACCACUUAGAUAGUACGGUACGGAUUUAAUUUAAAUUUUUGGGUAUAACAAUAACAUAUAAUUGUUCGUUAAAAUUUGGUGAUCACUUACCACUUUUGGUGUUUGAAUACUAUUUGAAAUGCAGUUAUGAUUAUAUGUAUUUUGUUGGCAAUUACACUUAUUUGUUGUCAAAAAAAUCAGUGGUACAUAAUAAUACUUGUAUGUAUUUAUCCAUGUAAUGGCACUACUACAUAUUAUGAGUGGCAAAAAGUCUAAAUAGGAUUUGUCUAGGUACUCCAUUGAUCUGAUCAUUUUGUAGUCUAGUUUGCUUUCAAAUUUUCAUAAAUAUAAAAGCAAAACUGCUUAAAAAACAGAUGUAAAGAAAAUAAUAAUAAAAAAAUCAAUAAAAGCAAUAGUUAAUGUUAUGUCUUAUAUUUAAAUAACUAUUGUCUUGUAAUUUGAAAUACACUAUGAUGUCAACGAGGGAAGCGUUAUGAUAUGUCGUUUUGUACACAAUAAUAAAAAUGGUUGCCAAAUA